AUGGCAGCAAUCACAGUUGACUUUCAGCUCUGCAUCAUCUUCAUUCUCAUAUGGGUCUUCUCACUUCAGUGUCUCUCUUAUUUCUUCUUCAAGAAACCGAAAGAGUCACACGGCGAAGACUGUGAUCUGCCUCCGAGUCCACCGUCUCUACCAGUCAUUGGUCAUCUUCACCUUCUCCUCUCUGUUCCAAGUCACAAGCCCUUUCAGAAACUUUCCUCCAAGUAUGGUUCUCUCCUUUACCUUCGCGCCUUUAAUAUCCCAAUCGUUCUGGUCUCUUCGGGCUCCAUGGCCUACGAAGUUUUGAGAACCCAUGGCCUGAACUUUGCUACCCGUGACCGGGAAGUUCCUAUAAUGGAAAAAUCAAUACUUUUUGGAUCUUUUGGCUUUGUCUCAGCCCCUUAUGGAGAUUACUGGAAGUUCAUGAAGAAGCUUUUAGUCACAAAGCUUCUCGGACCUCAUUCCCUCGAGCGGACAAGGCUCAUCCGUGGGGAAGAAAUCAAGACUUUCGGUGCUAUGUUGUUCGAUAAGGCGGCAAAGAGUGAAGCUAUUGAUGUUGGUAAAGAGGUAAUGAAGCUGACGAAUAACAGCAUUUGCAGGAUGAUAAUGGGAAGGAAAUGUUCAGAGGAGAAUGGUGAAGCAGAGGAAGUUAGGGACUUGGUGACCAAAUCGCUAAGUUUGGUGAGGAAGUUUAUUAUAGCUAGCACGGUUGGUCGGCUUCUCAAGAAGAUCGGGAUCUCGCUGUUUGAGAAGGAAAUCAUGGAGGUCUCGCAGAGGUAUGAUGAAUUGCUUGAGAAGAUUAUUAAGGAACAUGAAGAGAAUCCCAACAAAAAAGAGGACAGAGACAUGAUGGAUGUUCUGUUGGAAGUUUGUGCAGACGAAAACGCCGAUUACAAGAUUACCAGGAACCAAAUCAAAGGGCUUUUUGUGGAGCUUUUGCUUGGAGGCACUGAUACGUCAGCACAGACAACGCAGUGGAUAAUGGCGGAACUCAUUAACCAUCCUGAGAUUCUUAAAAGAUUGAGAGAAGAGAUAGAAUCUGUUGUUGGGAAAACGAGGUUGAUUCAAGAAACAGAUCUCUCAAACUUGCCAUAUUUGCAGGCUGUGGUGAAAGAAGCGCUAAGACUACACCCGCAUACGCCAGUCUUGGUGAGGACUGCAACGGAAGGAUGCAAGAUCGGAGGAUUUUAUAUACCGCAGAACACAACAAUGGUAAUUAACUCCUAUGCGGUGAUGAGAGAUCCAAAUAUAUGGGAAGAUCCAGACGAGUUUCAGCCUGAGAGGUUCAUAGUUACUCCUUCAAAAGGGCAAGACAAUGAGAAAGCGUACUUAUCACUGAAUUACCUUGCUUUUGGGGGCGGAAGAAGAGCAUGUCCCGGAUCAAACUUAGGUUAUAUCUUCGUUGGAGUAGCCACUGGAAUAAUGGUACAGUGUUUUGAUUGGAGAAUCAAUGGAGAAAAAGUUAACAUGGAAGAGACUGGAGAUGUGACCCUGAGCAUGGCUCAUCCACUUAAAUGCACUCCUGUUGCUCGAAUUGACUCGUUAGCUAGCUUUGAAUCUGCAGAGCCUUAG